ACAAUUUCAAACAUGGCUAUCAUAAGUAAAAAAACACUAAUGAUCUUUUUGUUAAAAAGAAAUAGAAAGAAAAAUAAAUAUAGGAAAUCAAUGUGGGUGCGUAAACUUUUUCAAGAGCGUCAUUCAAAAGGGGAAUUCUACCUCCUUGUACAAGAUUUACGUUUGUUCGACGAUGAAUUGUUUUUCAGGUACUUUCGUAUGAAUGCUGCAAAAUUUGAGGAACUUUUAGCAAUGAUUGCUCCAGAAAUUCAGAAGUCGAGUGUCACGCGAGAAUGUAUAGGGCCAAGUGAACGGCUUUGUGCAACUCUACGGUAUUUAACUAAUGGUGAUUCACAAACAACAACAGCCCUGUGUUAUCGAAUCAGUCCAACAACUAUCGGAAGAAUUAUAUUUACCACUUGCGAAGCAUUGUGGAAAAUAUUAUCAGCAAGCCACCUCAAGUGUCCCAAUAAUCAAAAUGAAUGGAAAACCAUCGCAUACGAGUUUGAAACGAAAUGGAAUUUUCCCCACUGCAUCGGUGCUAUUGAUGGAAAACACGUCGUCAUGCAAGCACCGGGAAACUCCGGAUCCAUGUUUUUUAAUUAUAAAAAAACGCAUUCAAUUGUUUUAAUGGCAAUUUGCAAUGCCAGUUACCAAUUCACCAUUGUCGAUAUUGGUGAAUCUGGUCGAAACAGUGACGGAGGUGUAUUUAACCACUGUCAAAUGGGUGAAGCAAUUAAGAAAAACCACUUAGACAUUCCGGAUCCAGCUGCAUUGCCUGGUUCUCCUAAAAAGUAUCCGUACGUUUUAGUGGCAGACGAGGCAUUCCAAUUGCAAGAACAUCUCAUGAAACCUUUCCCAAGAGAAGUUCUCGGUUUACUUGAAAGAAUUUUCAACAAGACGCCUGUUCUGGCGUUAACUCCGGCGCACGUGCCAGUCCUCAAUAUAGAGCUU